AUGAACGUCUCAUUACUGAUGGAAGUACGCGAUAUGCAAAUAGAAUUGGCCAUGAUACGACAAGAUAUUCAUGCUCAUCCAGAAAUGGCCACAGAAGAGCAACGAACAUCAGCUCUUGUCGCUUCUAAACUUAAAGAAUGGGGUCUAACAGUUACUGAAGGUGUCGGCCGACUCGGCGUUGUUGGAACAUUGAAGAGUCUAAAGCCAGGUAAUCGUUCUAUUGACCUUCGUGCUGACAUGGACGCUCUAUAA